CUUGCUUUUACCCUCCUGGAUUCCGCCAUCACGCAGCGCCUGGAGCAUCCAUCCCAUCCUCCACCACCAUUCUUCCAUUACGCGCGCAGCCAUCUGGUGCUGUCACCGCCCUACAUUCUUCGUCCACCGGCCAUUACCGGUGCUGUAUCGCCAUUUUUAUGCACAUUGCGCGGAAUGAGAGAGGGACACGCCAGCUUCACCAUAGCCAUCACCACGCUUUAACGCCCACGCGCGCCCGGCAUUCGAGCCAUCUCCCCGUCUAGGGUUCUGAGAGACUGCCUGCCGCCCACUAUCAAUAACACAUGCCUGCUGCGAUGGCCUCCAACGCCGCGCCCGCCGCCGCACGCAAGCCCGGCCAGCCGGAGAAGAAGUACAAGUGCCAGUUCUGCAACCGCGCCUUCAGCAGGAGCGAGCACCGCAGUCGCCACGAGCGCUCCCACACCAAAGAACGCCCCUUCAAGUGCCUCAAGUGCCGCAGCACCUUCGUGCGUCGCGACCUGCUCCUGCGCCACGACCGCACCGUCCAUGCCAAAGACGGCGGCGCGCCUCUCCCCAGCGAGCAGAAGCGCCGCAUCAGCAACAAGACGCAGGAUGCCGCCACACCCGGCCCCUCCAAGGGCGCGCUGCCCCUCGACACAACCGUGCUCGACCAGCUCGAGGCCAGCGAGGACGGCGUGGUCGACGUCGACAUCGAGACCGCCGCCAUGCUGAUGACCGACUUCCACCACAAGGCCAUGGCCAGCCAGGAGCCCGAGAUGGUCCUCGACCAGCACCCAGAGCCUGUCAUUUCGCCCACGGGUCCCCAGCACAUGGAGCCCUCGGUACCACAGGUGCCCUACACAGCGCCCGGUCAGAACAUGCUGCCGCAGAUGCCGUGGCGCGACUCGAUGGUGCCCCAGCCCGAGCCUGAGUCGCAGCAGAAGACACACUCCGCCUUCCAUGCGCAUAACCACCUGGCGCCCAUGAUGGAGCGCACCAUGUCAGGAAACACAGCCCUUGCGCCCACCUUCCCCUCGAUGAGCGAGAACAAUCUCGGCACACCCAACCCUCUGUCGCCGUACCCGUCCAUGCUUGGUCCCGUUUCGCCAGUCGACUACCGGAAAUCUCCAGGGCCUAGCCAGGCAUUGACCAUGACAAGUGCGCCUCAGCUCGAGUCUGAGGAGCAGUGCCGCAAGGUCUACGAGAACAUCAAGCAGUACGACAGCGAGAACGCGCUUCUGGAUACCUUCCACUUGCCCAGCUUGAACACGCUGAACCGCCUGCUCAAGACGUACUUCGACCUCUUCCACCACCACCUGCCCUUCCUGCACCCAGCAACUUUUCACCCAACUGAAGUAGCUGCGCCUCUGCUAUUAGCUGUGCUUUCGAUCGGUGCCCUGUACAUCUUCGACCAGGAUCAGGCCUACAUGCUGCACAUUGGCUCCAAGGUCCUUGUCAACCAGUUCUUGCAGAACAAGGAGAACUUCAGCUCGCGCAAAUGCCCGUUGUGGACUAUGCAGAGCACUUUGUUGAACAUGCAGUUCUCCAGUUGGAGCGGCGAUCCAAAGGGUCUCGAGUGGGCUUGCUCGAUCAAAAGUCUUCUUGCGAAUAUGGUCGCAGGAAAUCGUUACGAACUGAAGAUCCGCUCUGAAGCUCGCGAAGGUGCUCAGCCAAGCCACCAGGAGUGGAUUGAGGACGAGCAAUGUCGCCGCACAUACUACGCAGUGUACAUCUUCUUUGGUCUCCUCACUUUGACCUACAACCACACACCAGCCAUGGGCUUCAACGAAUUCGACACACUGGAGCUGCCGUCUUCAGAGUCGCUUUGGACCAUGGGUGGUGAUGACGAGGAGGUGUGGCGCGAGGCCCUUGCCACAUCGAAGAUCAUCACUUUCCGCCAGGCACACGAUAACUUGUUCCAGGGUGAGACUGCCCGUUACAGCGCGUUCGCAACUCGUGUCAUGAUCAACGCCUUGUUCCUGGAGGUGUGGUAUCACAAGCGCAGCCCAGAAGCCCUGCAAGAUGUUGUUACUGAGUACAAGCUUCGCCUGGCGCUCGAGACAUGGGAGAAGUCACUUGAUCUGUGCGAGCCAGAGACUGUUGUGGUUCGUCUGAGCGCGCCUCACAAGGGCCACCCCUUGAUCUUCAACGCUAUGGCGCUGUACCGUAACACACGAGCUCGUCUUGUCGUCGACUUGAAGUCCAUCCAGGAGGCUCUCCGCUACCACGACUCUUACGAAGUCGCAGCGGCCAUGACCAAUGCGCGCGACAAGGUUCAGCGCUCACAGGAGAUGAUCAAAGUCAUCCAGGAGUGCUUCGAUUGCAUCGAGGUAGCAGCUGUGCAAGGCAUCCGCUGGGUUGCACGUACUUCCGCUACUAACUGGAGCAUUGAGCACCCGCUCGCCGGGAUGGAUCUUGUGGUGAUCCUCACACUCUGGCUCUACCGUCUGGAACACGACGAAGAGCCCGCGAACGAAGAAGAGCUGGCCAUGUACAACAAGUUGCGCAACUUGUUCGAUGACGACUCUGUCGAUGUGUACGGCGCUAAGCUGAGCUCCACUGUUGCACGCUUGUGGGGAAGCAUGAUUGACGAAGUGGUUGUGUGGGGUAUCACCAAGCUCAUGGGCGAGGCCUUCAAACUCCACUCGCAAGCCCUUGUCGGCUACGAAGACGCAAUGUCCUCUAGGUCCGGAUCUGCCUCGCCAUUAGCAGCCGGCGCCGUUCAAGUUCUCGAGAUGCAAAUGGCUUACUAGGCCACGUUUAACGACAUCUCCUUUCUUCUCUUUCAUCUCUUUGCUAGAUUGUUGCAGUCAUCUUCUCUCAUCUCGUCAUCUUUCUGCAUCCGGGAGGCAGGGCAUGGAGUUCGGUGUCAUUCUGUUAUUUGCUUUCUUCAGAUCGAGGCAAGAUGGCGCAUUGGGGCGGUCUGGUCCAGUCCAUACACACUCGAGCUCAAGCUCUUUUCGUUCUGACAUCCCUCUAAUAUCUUUCCUCUCGCUCAUACCCAUUGGCUUUCUGGACUAGUUUGGAGGCUGGCCCCAAGUGCGUUUCGGUUCAACUCGGUCUGGCUGCGAGCUGCCUCGGCUGCAUUCCGAUAAUACCUGUUUUUAUAUUCUUGUUUCCUAUCUGUUACGGCUGGCAUGGGUUUCCUUCUGCAU